AUGGAAGGGGAAGAACAGAAGAAUGCAUUAACUAGCAUAGAGGCUUUCAUGGAGUUCUACUCCAGAGUACCGCGUCCUAACAUGAUUUUUUCCGUCAUAGGGGACUCUGACAAAUUGAUUCCGAAACAAUGGCCUAAAUCAAGAUUUCAGCAAUCUUUGAUCUAUGCAGCAAAGGCUGCAGGGGAUUGUUGGAUAUUGAGCAAAGGAGAACCCCUGACGGUCUCCAAAAUUCUCCGAGAGAUGAUGGAAGAGUACAUUUACCUAGAAAAACCUGUCCGUAAAGACAUCCGACUAAUAUCCAUACCUUCUAAACCUGUCACGGACACAGGCUUGUACUUUGAUUUACCAGAGGUCCUAGAAAACGAUUGGGACCAGUACAGAAAGAGAAAGACUUUAACAUCAGAGACACGUUGGGAUGACAGUUUUUAUGUUGAUCUGUUUAUCCCUUCCGUCGGUGAAGACUACCUUGAGUUUAGGUUCGAGCUAGAAAGAACUUUGGAAAGACCGGCAGAGAAAGAAAAGAAUGCCUUAGUUUUUAUUCUUGUGGAAGGAGAUUUGUCGGCCGUAGAUCAUGUAAAACAAGCCACUGAGAAUGGUAUACCUGUCAUGUUUGUCAAAGGAACAGGCGGGUUGGCGGAUCUCCUGUCGAUUUCUAUGGAAUUGUUGAAUGAAAAAAAGGCUUUGGAACUGAGAACAAUGCUUCCAACUUUAUUUGGAAUUGAACUGGAGAACACUGAAAUAGACGAACUUGACCAGAGUUUGAGAACUAUCUUAAGAAGAUCGUACUUACUUGAUGCCUUUGACGUUUUCGGAAAGACUGAGGAACAAUUCGCAGCUUCUGUGGGGGAGCUGGUGCAGAAAUCCUGGUUCUUAGAAAACAUAAGUCCUACUGAAGAUGAAAGAUACAGAGAAAGCAAACAAGCUAGAGGAAAAACAAACAAAGAACAGUAUCGUAUAAGCUCUUAUGCAAUGGAGGAGAAGUGGAAAAGGGAGACAAUCACGUGGCAUAUGGCAAAACAAGAAUAUGAAACCCUCGGCUUUACAUCCUUCUCGUCGCCUUUUUCACUUCCGCUAGAUUUCUUCUUCCGAUUCUCUAAGUUUUUGGAAUUGAAGAGAGAAAACCCCUCCUCAAUGGAGGUGAUGAAUGAAGCGCAGAACUUGUUAAAGACUGCUCUGUUAACCAAUAGAACUGACUAUAUAGAAGCCCUUCUGGACUUAAAUCUUCCAUUUUCAUCAGAUGAAAUUUGCGAGCAAGAUGGCAAUCAUAUUAGUGAUCUAUACAAGUUUUCAUUGUAUGAUUACACAGAAAGGAGUAACUCUUCAGGAAUGCGCUGGGUUUUAAAGGAAAUGGGUGGAAAGAAAAAACUAGCAAAGCAUCUUUUUGAAGGUGAAAAGGACUGUCACAAAAUUGCACAGAAGAUGUGUAAAAGACUUUUAAAAUACAACGAAACUGAGGAUCCCAGAUUAUAUACAUACUGUAGGACUCAGAGAAGAAAGCAAUACCUGAAUCGACAACGUUACUUACAGGCAGUCCUUCUGUGGUCAUUACUGACUCAUAGACCGGACAUUGCUACUAUGGUCUGGCGGAGAGUGGCCAAUCAGUUCUAUACUGGACUUGUGAGUGCAAUAAUUCUCCAAGAGAUGUCCUCCAUAGCCACAUUGAAGGAUGAGGAGUUAGCGAUGAAGCUAACUGAACAUUCAAAAGCGUUUAUAAACCGAGCAUUAAAUAUGAUGGACAAUCUUUAUCGGACCGACCGAGAUCUUGCAUUUGAAAUCUUGGACGAAUUAGACACAGUAUGGACUAUCCAAGCCCGACCUCUAUCAUUUGCAUAUGAAUCAAAGAUGUACGAUAUCAUAGCCCAUCCAUGCUCUGUUGGUCUGAUGGAUAAAAUAUGGUAUAAUGGUCUAAUUCCGAGUGGGAUGUCGAUAAGAUUUUGCAAAGAUUUUUUAGUAAGUAGCUGUAGUUGCUUAUUUCGUGUGCCUACACAAAACAACAAUGAACAACCACGCGUCGCAGGAUCUGCCCCCUGCUUCCACUUCGUUCUACAUUACGUUUCCUUUGCAGUGAUCAUUCUCCUGUACAGCUAUAUGUUGCUGACAAAUCUUAAAGAGUAUACAGAAAUGUCCUUGUUCUUUCAAAUGUCUGAGAACGUCCUUUAUAUCUGGACAGGCUUUGAUUUCCUCAACGACAUCGUCAGCGUUAUGGGAGUGUUGUGGAAAAGAACCGAAACAAGGAGAAAAUGUAGAUACAGAUUUCUCUCUCGAUUAAAUGAUAUGUGGAAGCUCUUGGGCCUUUUUUGUGCCCUUCUUGUCGUUUUGACGAUCACAUCCAGACAUAGCUUAGAUAUUAAUUUCAUAAUGCCAAGAUUUGCCCCUCGCUCGGCAGCCCUUUUACUGCUGUUCUCGUAUCUUCGGUACAUGCGUUUGUUUGUUAUUCACCAUUACACAGGAAUUACAUUCGUUUUUCUGAAACACAUGCUUCUAAAUCUGGCGAGGUUCUUAAUUACGAUUGCAUUCUUUGUGCUGGGUGUAGGAAUCUUUUUCGAGGCUCUUUUGGUUCCGGACAAUCCAGAUCUUUUCCCUGGGGAAUGGUAUGAAUGGCGUAUCUGGAGAAUUAUCUACUUUCCUUACUACCAGUACUUUGGAGAAACCUUUGAAGAAACAAUUGGCAUACAAGUCGAGAACGAAAAGGUUGAUUGGAGUGUAAAGGGAAUAGCAGCAAUACAUAUGAUGGUGGGGAAUCUUCUCAUCGUUAACUUGAUUAUCGCCCUUUUUACGACAACUUAUGAGAAAAUUCUGAAAAAGUCUCGACUUGUUUGGCAGUUUGAAAGGUAUCACGUUAUUGAGGAUUUUAGACAUAGGACAUUUUGCAACCUUGAUUACAUCAUUCCAGUGCGCGGGAUUUUAUACCUAUGCAAAAAGAGACGCAAAGAGUUUAACGUACAAGUUCACUUGAAACGUAAUCGUGAAGGCCAGAUUCUACAGUACAUCAUGGCCGGAAGAUCCUCAGAGAAUUUUUAGGAGAAUAAGUGUGGUGAACA